AUGGCCGUGAAAUUGGGCCUUGGACGAGUGACUGCAGCGAGGACGAAGUUGGGCUUCAAUACAGAUGAGAGAAAAGUGGGCCAACUUACCAUGCCUUCGAUUAUUUUUGAAAGAAUUACCUGGCAGACGGUGCCCGAUAAAAUCGCCGCCUGCAUCGUCCGCCGAGAUAAACGUCACGCUUUCCAGCGGCACCUUCCUCCCCCUCCGGCAGCGGCACCUUCGAAUCGGCAGUGGAUGAGUGUGCGGGCGAUGAAGGAGGCACGUGGAAAACGUGACCGCCGCAAAUUGUGCCUAAUUGGAUUGGGUGCCAUGCACAUCAGCAAGAAUUCGCCUCGAUUUGUGGCGAAGUUGAUUGCAAAGGUCGAGAUAACAAGAGCUUGAGUUGGUGUUAUCAAUGAGGAGAAAACAAGCGUUGAGUCAAGGCGAAGAGAGGUGAAAAUGGGGAUUUGAAGGUCAGCAAAAAGUGAUGGGCUGCGUUUCCUAUUCUUUCGAUGGCUCUGAUUCCCCUUUUUUCUAAUUUACAUAUGUUAAUUUUUAGAAAAAUAUUAAAGUAGUUUUUUCAAUGUUACUUCGAGGUUUAUUUGAUGUUUAUCAAUGUUUUGAGCUUGAAUAAUUUGUAGAAGUUUUUUAUAAAGUAAUUUUUUGAGUAUUAA